AUGGCUGCUGAGGAAUACUACGUCUCCGGCGCUCCGCUCGAAUCCUAUCAUACACAGUCGCAGUCUAUGGCGCAUCAUAGCGAUGGCAGUAGGUCGCGAGGCAGUAGGUCGCGGGGAAGAGGGGAAAGUGUUUCUCCACCGAUGCCCAGGUCCCCGGCCUUUUAUCAUGGUCAUGAGCAGGAGCAUGAAUAUGAGCAAGGGCAUGGACAUGGACAUGGACAUCUGGUACAUGAACAAGAAUAUGAACAUGGACACGGACACGGACAAGAAUAUGAGCAUGGACACGGACACGGCAAUGAACAAAGUGUGCAAGGCUGGCAUCCUGACUUUGUUUCGCGGUUUCCACCAGAGGAGCAACCAUAUGGCCCGCCCACAAUUCAAGGCGCGAUCGACUACUACAAGAAAUUCGGCGGCAGCCUUCCAGAGGGAUUUACUCUUUCUGCAGACCCCUAUGGUGGCACCCACGGCAGCGGCUACAGCCACAACCACACAAGCGCACACGGCCAAAUAGGACAACACCACAGCGGCCAAAUAGAACAAUACCACAACGACCAUGGCCAGGUAUCACAAUACACUGAUGUGGCAUCUCGGAAGAAAAAGCAACGCCACAGUAGUACAUAUUCGCAGGAAGGCCAAGUAGUAGGGCUAUACGGUCACCACGAUGAUCAAGUAUCGCACUACACUGACCAGGCAUCUCGCAGAAAACAGCACCGUCACAGUACCUAUUCUCAAAGUGGCCAGGUAGUCGAGCAUCAGCAUCAUCAAAAUGAUCAGGUAUCGCAUUACACUGAACACGCUUCCCACAAGAAGAAACAUCGUCAAAGCGCCUAUUCUCAAGCAGCCGUAGAAUAUGAGGAGCCCUUCGACCCAAAUGCACCUCCUGGUGAGCGUGGUCUGGGAUCAACUUUAGUCGGCGGUACGGCGGGUGGAUAUCUUGCGCACAAGACAGGUGGAAACUUCAUGAGUACUAUCACUGGCGCAAUAGGAGGUGCAAUUGCCGCAAAUGUAGUCAAUGACGAACUCAAGGGGCAUAAAAAGAAGCGGGACAAGAAAGAGAGAGAGGAAAGGAGGGAGAAGAAGGAAAGGAGGGAGAAGAAAAAAAUAACCUCCACCACUCAAACUACUUCAUACCAACUUAUAAACGCCGGCUCUUCCGGGUCAGGUGGAAGGAUAUCAAGUUCGGGGCAUGGAGGCCACAGUGGAGGAACAGGCAGUGGUGGUGGGAGAACUUCGUCGAAUACACUUCAAGUUGUAGUCGCAGGGAGUGGCCGCUCAAGCUCAAGACAUAGACGCAGCUCGUCGCACCAGAGAUCCUCUAGCAAUACCCUAUCUCCCAACGCAUACAGCAGCCAUGGAUCCACCUAUGUGGUCACUCAUUCCCACUCCACCUCCCGUUCUCGUCGCCGCCGUGAUUCGUCUUCGGAAUCGGACCGUUCACGAGAGUAUCUCUCCAGUCACAGCCAUGGUAGAAGCCAUAGCCGGAGCCAUAGUCGAAGCCAUAGUCGCCGGCUCAGUUAUACUACAGAAAAGCCGAUUAAGGAGCCUCUACUAACUUCGUUAUUUGCAUACGGGUACUCAACUGGCGGAGGCCACGUAUUCAGUAGUGGGUCGAGCGAGAGGUCGAGAUACGUAAAGACGUCACACAGACACCGUAAGAACCAUGUGCAGCGCGAGCACCGUGACCAUCAUCAUAAGAGGGUUGGGAGCGCAGAUAGCUACAGUAGCGAUAGCUCCUCUAGCAGUAGCUCCUCCAGUAGUAGUAGCAGUAGUAGCAGUUCGAGUUCCAGCGAUUCCAGCUCUGACUCGGACUAG